CAAGGUCAGCUGAUCGAGUUGUGCUCACGGGAACGGAACUAGGGCUAGCUACAUUUGCCUGUGGGAACACAUUGGUGGAUGUUAGCUUGCUAGCGAGCAUUUCGUUGAAUGAAUUCUCUCUACUUUUUUGUUCUAUCAAACUAGACAUUUCUGGUGUCGAACGAAUCUUCUGUAAUCGCAGAGUCAAGCUCGGAUUUGAAAGAUGGCAGAUGCAGAGCAAAGAAGCCCUCCUCCUCCCCCUCCUCCUCAGGCAGGGCCAGUGCAAUUCCUGUUGGCUAACAAAUUGGAAACAGCGAUGUGGCUCUCUCGACUCUUCACAGUCUACUGCUCAAUCAUGUUUAUUCUCCCUAUCAUGGGAGCGUACGCAGCCUCAAACUUCUACCAGCGGGCCUUGCUGGCCAAUGCACUGACCAGCGCCCUGCGGCUGCACCAGAGACUGCCUCGCUUCCAGCUGAGCCGAGCCUUCCUGGCCCAGGCUCUGCAGGAGGACAGCUGCCACUACCUGCUCUACUCGCUAAUCCUCGUCAAUUCCUACCCCAUCACCAUGAGCAUAUUCCCCAUCUUCCUCUUCUCCUUGCUGCAUGCCACUACCUACACCACAAAGGUUCUUGAUGCAGUGGGACCCAACAGCCUCAUGAUUGUGAGGAAUUUCCUCAGUAAGCUCACUGCUAACCAGCAGAACAUCCUGAAGUUCAUCGCCUGCAACGAGAUCUUCCUUAUGCCAGCUACUGUCUUCAUGCUGUUCAGUGGACAGGGAAGCAUCCUGCAGCCAUUUAUAUACUACAGGUUUCUCACACUCCGGUAUUCUUCCAGGCGAAACCCUUACUGCCGCACCCUGUUUACGGAGCUGCGGAUGCUUCUAGAGCACUUGAUCAUGAAGCCCAUCUGCCCGCCCUUCUUCAGACGGAUGUGCCUCAACAGCAUUGCCUUCGUUAGCCGCCUGGCCCCCACUGGCGUUUAACCUCACGUCUUCUCACCCUCACAUACAUAAAUAAACAUACACACACGGAUACAAACACAGUCCCUGCAGCAGGAAGAAGGGAUUCGCCACCUAAGAGACUGAUGUGUAUAACAGACUCUUCAUGAAUGUUUUGGAGGGUGUCACAGCUGCUCCUGUCAACCAUCUACUCUUCAUCUGCUUUCCCCCAAGCUUUACUGCACUGGACGCUACUGGAUUUUACUACGUGGAUGACAGACCUUUCCUUUUUAACCCUGCACUGUGGCACAUUACGCCACAGGAAACAUAUGAUGAUGGCUACUGUAUGUAUGAGCCCUGUAUGAAUUCUUUUUUUUAUAUCCACGGUGCAACAACUUUUGGUCUGUAUUUUAGGAUGUAUUUAUUUGUAGUUUUUUUUUUCAGAGCUGGAUUAAAUUGAGAUUACUUAUUUAUGAUGAAAUUAUUAAUGUUCACGAUGGCAAAUCUUUUAAUUGAGAUUACAUUGUACUUUUGUCGGAGGUGGGAUUAGUGUCUGGGUACUGUAGAUUAAAAACAUUUAGUUAUAUGCACCCAAUCAGUUUUUAUACUUAAUCUCCUGUGGAACAGCUUUUUGUUGUAUGUUUGCUGGUGUUGUCUUAAGUCGCUUUUCCUUUCCAAAUUAAAAUGUGAACUUUUGAUGAUACAAUCUGUAUUAACAAUUAGUCUGGGAAAAUCUCAAUCGUCUUCAUUUGAAUGAAGCCAGAUUUUAUGUGCCGUUAUUAUUUGUUAUACUUUUUUAAAUGUUACUGUAACAAUUGCUGACCUUUUAAUAUGCUUACACUUCCUUAAAUAGGUCACAGGUUUAGUGUUCAUGAACAGACUAAUAGCGUUUGUAAGAUUGGCCAUGUGUACUCCGGAACUGCAUUGCAUCUUCUGUGGAGUGACAUUGAGGGUUCUAAAAUCAAGAGGUGAUUCCCAUAGGUCACUUAAGUGGUCAGGCAUGCUGCCAUUAGUCCAUUUGAUUUAUUGAUUGUUGAACAUGUUUGUAGCGGAAUGAACUCAACCUAGUACAUGAACAAAACUUAAUAAAAGCCCUAAUUCACA